AUGUCAUCUUCGGCUCGACUUAUGAUUGAGAAGGAACGCUUUGUGGCAGUUUGCAACCGAGAGGAUGAGACGGACAUGUCCAUCGAUACAUUGGAGUCAAUCUACAUUGGCCAAGCUCGCAGCACGUGGCGCGGCGUCCCGUUUGGAAAGAGCGCGUUCGAUUGGCAAAUGUAUGCCAUGAUGAUCGAAGAAUUGCAGCCGCGCACCAUCAUUGACAUCGGGUCAUGGGCUGGCGGCAGCGCGCUGUUCUUUGCCGAUUUUGGUGAAAUGUUGGUUGGUGACGCAUUCGGCAAAGUUGUCAGUUUGGACGUGACCCUGAAAAAUGUCCGCACCCGUGCUCGGCUACAUCCGAAGAUUGAAUUUCAUGAAUGCAACACCAAAGACUUUCAGGACUUGUUCACCGAUGAAUUCGUUGCCAAGUUGCCACAUCCUUGGAUUGUCUCGGAAGAUGCUCACCACCACUUUGAUGCCGUCAUGCAGCGGGUGCAUGAAACAUUGCAAGUUGGCGACUAUUUGGUGGUGGAAGACACCAGCCACCAGAUGCAAGAUUGGUUCCAAGACAACGUUGAUGAGGAGACAGAGGAUCGUCCUGUAGAGCGCGAGCUCACUCAAGAUGGAAUCGCGCAGCUGCGAUGCAAAACGGAGAUACUGAGGAAGUUUUGCUUUUCACAUACAUCGCAGUAUCGUUGUGACACGAAGUACACUGACAUGUUUGGCUACAACGUUGGAAAGCAUUGGAACAGUGUACUGAAACGCGUUGCAUGA